AUGUCGCCCGGAGAGAACCGCACGUCGCAGCCGCGGUUUCGCAAGGUACAGAGCUUCAAGACAGACUACGCCCCGUGUCAAAUCACCCAGUAUGUUUCCGAGCGGAGCGGCAUGCAGGUCAUCGUGGCCGAUCGCAAGGGCCCCAAGACCAACGGCUAUUUUACCCUCGCAACCGAGAUCUUUGAUGACUCUGGCGCCCCUCACACUCUCGAGCAUCUGGUCUUCAUGGGCUCCAAGAACUAUCGUUACAAAGGCCUCCUCGACAAACUGGCCUCUCGAGCCUACUCUGGCACGAACGCCUGGACGGCUGUAGACCACACAGCCUACACGCUGGAAAGCGCGGGAUGGGAGGGUUUCUCUCAGAUUCUUCCCGUGUAUCUUGAACACGUCAUCUUGCCGGUUCUCACCGAUGAAGCGUGCGUGACCGAGGUGCACCACAUUGACGGCGAGGGCAACGAUGCCGGAGUGGUGUACUCGGAGAUGCAGGCCGUUCAGUUCAAGAGUGCCGAGAUCAUGGACCUUCGAGCUCGUCGCCUACUGUAUCCUGAAAACGUGGGUUUCCGCUACGAGACUGGCGGCAUGACCGAGGCGUUACGUAUCCUGACACCCGACCGGAUUCGACAAUUUCACAGGGACAUGUACCAACCCCGCAACCUUGCUGUGGUCAUCAUCGGUGAGGCAGACCACAACAAUCUGCUGCAAAUUCUCGACGAGUUUGAGGAGAGCAUCAAGGACGACCUUCCACCUCUGGACUCCCCUUUCAAGAGACCAUGGAUCGACUCAGCACAGCCUCCUGCGCUCAGUGAAACCAUCGUCACGACCGCCGAAUUCCCCGAGGAGGAUGAGUCCGUCGGCGAGAUCACUGUGGCCUUCUUCGGGCCUAGCUGCACCGACAUCAUCGAGACGUCUGCGCUCAACGUGCUGCUAACGUAUCUCUGCGGCUCGUCCGUCUCGAUCCUCGAAAACGUCAUCGUGGAGAAGGAAGAGCUCGCCAGCUCGGUCUCCUACUGGUGGGACGCGAGGCCUAACUCGGUCAUUUGGUUCCAGCCAACCGGUGUUGAGACGGAGAAGCUGGAGUUUGUCGAGAAGAGACUGGUCGACCUACUGAAGGAGGUGGCUUCGAAGCCGUUAGACAUGGAGUACCUGACCUCCUGCAUCCACCGUGAACGUCUGCAAGUUAAGUUUCAGGCCGAAGAGUCAGAGGGCUUCUACUCUAACAACAUCAUCACGGACUAUCUGUUUGGUAAGCGUGAUGGCUCCACUCUCAGGGACUUGGAGUCUCUAUCAGAGUAUGAGGAGCUCGAGAAGUGGACGGAUGCUCAAUGGAGAGACUUUCUCCGCAAGUGGCUUUCGGACGCCCCUCACGUUUCCAUCCUCGGCAAGCCGUCCCAGAAGCUUGCUAAGAAGCAGAAGGAAGAUGAGGAAGCGAGGCUGGCGAAGAGAAAGGAAGAACUCGGCCCUGAAGGCCUGGCCGACCUCAAGAAGCGCCUCGAUAGCGCCAAGGCCAAGAACGACGAACCAAUUCCCGCAUCGGUGAUCGACCAGUGGCCCGUUCCUGGCACCGAAUCGAUUCACUUCAUCGAGUCCGACACGGCGCGGUCCGGAAAAGCCAAGGCUCUCGGUCUUCGCAACAACGCAGCGCAAAAGAUCAUCGACGGCUCCAAGCAGGGACAAGACCCCCUUUUCAUACAGUUCGAGAGCGUGCCGACCAACUUUGUGCACCUGACUGUCUACCUCGGUACGUCGCAGGUGCCGAUCGAGCUGAAGCCUCUGUUACCCAUCUUCAACGACAACUUCUUCAACACCCCGAUCAUGCGCGAUGGACAGAAGGUCGAUUUCGAGCAGGUCGUCAUGGAGUUGGAGCAGGACACCAUCAGCUACGGCCUCCGUUCUACGAGAGACUACGGUGACCCCGACGGCGUCAUGAUCCAGUUCCAGAUCGAGCCCUCGAAGUAUUCCACCGCCAUCAACUGGGUUCGAACAAUGAUGUUUGACAGUGUCUUUGAUAUCCAGCGCCUUAAGGCGGGCGUUCAGAAGCACCUGGCUGAUAUUCCCGAGCUGAAGCGCGACGGUCGAUCGAUGGCGGCGGAGGUCGACAUGUCCAUUCACAUGAAGAAAGAGUCAUACUCUGUCGCAAAGCGGGCACUAGUUAGGGCCAUCUACUUGCGUCGCCUCAAGAAACUGAUCGUUUCUGAUCCCGAAAAGGUUUUGUCGUGGUUUGAGAAGCUGCGCGAGUCGCUCUUCACCUCGAACAACGUGCGCAUUCUUGUCACGGCCGACGUUGCGCGCCUGCCCGAGCCCGUCGCCGCCUGGGACAUACUUAGCAACAAUCUCAAGGGGUCAGACGAGCUGAUCCCCAUCAUCAAGCCGCACACCCUCCUCACUGAUGAGGGCCAGAAGCCCGGUGCUGUUGGUGCCGUCAUCGUCCCCAUGACCACAGCUGACAGCUCCUACGGCAUCAGCACAGCCAAGGGCAUCACAUCCUUUGAAGAUCCACGAUUACCCGCCAUCAUGGUGGCAAUUGGCUACCUUGAGACGACCGAAGGUCCACUGUGGAACUCCGUCCGCGGUCAGGGUCUGGCCUAUGGCUCCUACUUUGGUCGUGAGCUCGACACCGGCACGAUCCAAUACAAGGUGUACCGCUCACCAGACGUCAGCAAGGCCUUUGCGGCGUCGCGUGAGACGAUUCGCAAAAUUGCUGAGGGCGAGGUCGAGAUUGACCGCCACCUAAAGGAGGGGGCCAUCAGCCAGGUCGUUGUCCAGUUCGCCGAUGAGCAAUCGACAAUGGCGUCAGCGGCGGCGCAGAACUUCAUGCUCGGUGUCGUUCGCAGUCUACCGCUCGACUGGCAUAAGAAGAUCAUGCGAGACGUUCGUGAUGUGACCAAUGACCAGAUCAAGACGGUUCUAAAGGAGCUCAUCAUGCCGCUAUUUGAGCCGGGCAAGAACAACGUUGUCGUGACGUGCGCUCCGAUUUUGCAAGAGAACAUUGAAAAGGCGUUCAAGGAAAUGGGCUACAAGACGGAUGUGCAGCAGCUUGCUUACUUCCACGAUGAUUAUGGUCUGAAGGGCGACGACGAGGACGAGGAGGAGCUUGAAGACGACGAGGAUGAGGAGGAGGACGACGAUGACGAUGGCAGCGAGGGUGACGACUACAGUGACGAAGACUCUGACUGA